UGAACAGCACGCAGUCGAACUAAAUCCUAUAAGGGAAUGCAUGUAACCUGAAAGCUAUGCCUUUAUGCAAUUAUUUGUUUCCGAAAUAUGAAAUCUGCUGAAAAUCCUGAAUCAUCAUCCCGUCUACCACCACCAACCAAAUCGGCUUUCGAACCACCGGCACACAUUAAGGGUAUACUCAAAUCGAAAUCCGGUUGUGUCGGCUUCAUGCCCAUGGACUUGAGUUCCGAACUGAAGAAUCGUCUAAAGAGCUCCACGCAUGCGUCCGUCACGAAUUUACGCAAAUCGGCCACAACACACGAUGCCACUAGAAGGCAAGAUGCCGAAGAGCUCACCACCACUGCAGCUGCGGCGGCGACGACUGCUGCUGUGCCGCAACACGACGACGCGCUGAGUUUGGUGCGCAAUCUAUCGAAUUUAGGGCGGCCACCGACGACGAUUGGCGGUGGCAGCGGAGGUGGUGUAGCAGCGAGCCUGCGAGUUGAUGCAAUCGCUUCGACGUCGGAAGGUGAAAGUUCGGGUGGCCGUGAAAUAUCGGAAAUAAUUAAAAAUAGCGCAGUUGCACGUAGACGUAAAUUGAAUGAUGGCUACCAAGCUAAAGUGAAACCAUCAACCAAAUUUUGGCCGUAUCAGUUUAAGCCACCACAGCCACCACCUCCUCAGCACGAACAAACUUGAACAAUACUUAAAAUGCCAGAAGCAAGCCUAAGUGGCCACGCAGAGACGGUCUUUGCGUGUCGUAUUUAAAAAUAAGUUUUGAAAAUAACGCUUAUUACAUAGAAAAACAUAUGUAUGUAUACAAUGCAAAAAUGAAAUUUAACAUUAUUAUGAAUCCUUUUAUCUAUUAUGUCAUGUGUCACUCAA